AUGGCAUCAACAUCACGGACUCUGCGAGGUAAAAGGGCAUGUAAAAAAAUAUUUUGGGCGGUGUUUCCUCACGCCUGCUUCAUUCUGUCUCUUGUGAUCUAUGCAUUCCUUGGGGCUCUCAUGUUUUCCCACAUUGAAGAUAACAUGACAGAAAAUGAGGAGGUAUUUAAGGAACAAAUCCGUGCACUGCUCAACACAGCUGAACAAGACUGGUUUGUCAAUCCAAAGGAUAUAUGGACUUUCUUUGGGUCUCUCUUUUUCUGCUGCACAGUGUUCACAACUGUGGGUUACGGUAAUACCUAUCCUGUGACACGGGCUGGAAAAUAUCUCUGCAUGGUGUAUGCUUUAUUUGGCAUUCCUCUGAUGUUCCUGGUCCUGACAGACAUGGGAGACAUCCUUGCGACUGUCUUAUCCAAGUCUUACAAUGAAUUCAGAAAACUACAGUCGAAAAUUCUAGCCUCUAAACUCUGCUCUGGAUCCACGUGUAACAAGGGGGAUGAAGCCCAGUCGAAAGUAGUCAUCAGUGAGCCCUUGACUAUUAUGGAAGUGCUGAAAAGUCAGCCUGGUGUUAAAAAGAAGCCAAUCAAAUAUCGCAACGCUGAGAUUUUUGAAAUGUUAAUUGCCAGAGAAAAUGAGUACGCAAAACCAGCAAGAAACAGAAGCAUUGAGAGAUGGAGUUCAUGUCCUGAACUGGACAGGGGAAAGACAAUGUCCAGAGUAAUGGAGAAUUUUGAUAAAAUAGGGAAACAGGUAGAAAAAUUGGAUGUGCCCAUUGUAUUAAUGGUGCUAGUUAUCUUUGUGUACAUCUCCUGUGCAGCUGCUAUUCUGCCAAACUGGGAAACCAGGUUGGAUUUUCAGGAAGCCUUUUAUUUCUGCUUUAUCACUUUGACAACUAUUGGAUUUGGAGAUACGCAACUGGAACAUCCCAAGUUCUUCUUGUUUUUUUCCCUCUAUAUUAUUAUUGGCAUGGAAAUUGUCUUCAUUGCUUUUAAAUUGGGCCAAGACCGCUUAAUUGUUUUAUAUAAAAAGGUGAUUUCAUUUUGUGGGGAGAAAAAGAUGCCAUCAAAGAAGAUAUAUCCAAAAUAAAAGCACUCGUUUCUUUUUCACUUGCAAACAUUCGCCACUGCAAUGAGAAGAAACUGUUCCUGUUCACAUAUUCUCCCUGCCUUGAGCUGGCAGGAGGCAUAUUUUACCCUAAAUUCCUGUAGGAAUCUGCUAUACAAUGUCUGAAUACCUCAAGAGAGUCUUGAUGUAGGCAUCUCCAGGGGAUACUUUCCAGCAGGGUCCCAUCUCCUAAAUAAUAGAUGAUGACGCGUGAUGAAAAAGCAGGUUUUCCCUGCGAGCUCUCCCCAGCACUUCUUGCAAAGAUCUUCCAGCAGCCAUUCCAUCCCUUUUCCCACUGCCAAGCCAAUUUAGGAUCUUUGUUCCAUCACUUGUCAAAGGAAGGCCCAGAUCACUUUCUCAGCUCAACAUCUCGCCAGCAGCCAGGGACAGUUUGGUUGUGGCUGUUGGUACUGAAGUCUGACAGCAUGCUGCUGUGAUGUGAUUCAUCAUCACAGAUCUCUGGGGAGAAGAAGCAGGAACCCAGCUGCUCUUCCAUCACGGCUAUGCGUGUUGCAAGCAUUGCAUCUUCGUGCCGGCCAGAGGGAUUUUGAAAUUAAAGGAAGGACUCUGAAUUUUCAGCUCUUUCUCUGUCCCUUGUCCAGAAAUUAGUCAGAAUAUUGUCCGUCUCGUCAGGGCUUAAACUAUUCCUUUCCUACCAUCAUUUAUCGUAUUGUACUGAGCCCAAAGUCAACACUUGUCUGAUGGUGUCCAGCUGUAAAAGUGCUAUGAGGAGUUCUACUCUUGAGAUGACCACCUGGGAGAAGGCAAAUGACAAACCCAAAGAUGACUACAAACGUGGAAGAAAGCUUCAUCUUUUUGCUGUUAGAGAAGCAUGAUUUUCUGGGAACAGUGAUUCUAGAAGUCCUCACUUCUAAUCCAGGUUUUAUUCUGCACAGACUACUUGACUUCUUUCUGCUCAGAGAAAGAAAGUCUACCUGAGAUGGUGAGGAUCCUGUUGUAUAUAUUUGUGGAGCACAUUACUGUGUGAGUAAUGCCGUUUCUUUGACAUUUUGCUUAGAUUAUUCAUAAUCUGAAACAAGAUAUGAACAGUAGAUUUUUUUUUCCUGUAAAAAAGCAACACGAACCACACUCUAUAAA